UGUUCUCUUCCAAAUUCCAAUCUGUAUAUGGCACUUUUUUUUUCUCUAUAUAUCUUUGCUACCAUGCCGUGAUGACUUCUGCUCCUCAUGAUGCUCUUCACACUUUACACAUAGAUAAGCUGGUCUCUCGCUCUCUCUCUACCAUGUCAAAAUUGAUACUCUCUGUCUUUAUAAUUUGGCCUCAAACCUUUUGCUCUCUAUGUGUUUGAUCAAUUGCAUGCCAUGAUUUUGUUAGAGAUAGAUAGUUGCAAAUUCAGCUGUUUCUGUUUGUUGAAAUACAUCAUCCACUUCUGGGAAACAUAAAAGGCGGAAUCUUUGCCUUCCCUUUUGCUUUUUAGGCCUCUUUUCUUUUUGCAUAUACUGUAAUUUUCAAGGUCUCGAUACGCCUUUUGAAAUUCCGGUAUCAAUUGCAUAUUACUACUAUGAUUUUGUUUUCUGCUGCUUUGAUUUCAAGAUUUUAUGUUCCUAAUUUAUCUUCUUUCCUAUUUGCACUGUUUGCUUUAUCUUCUUUCCUAAAGUCAAAGUAAGUUUGGUAGGAAGCAGAUUGGAGGAUUUUCAUUAUGAGGGUAUUUUCGUAUGUAUAACAAAAAGCAACCUUAAACAAUGCUUGCAAGAUCUUGUCUGCAGGGGGAAAAUAGGAUGCUUUUGAUAGUUCAACAUCUCUGCAUCAGCAUCUCAUAUGUGGAGAUUUGUUGUUAGAAUUCAUAUGUGGUUUUGAUUGAUCAUAAGAAACCAUACAAGUCUCCUUUGCUGUGUGCGUGCACGUGCUAGUAGUUAUGAUAGAUGUGCUUUGGCUACUUGCCCUUCUCCUUCACUAGCAAUUUGUUUCUGAAUUUUCCUAUUGUUCACUUAAUACAAAAAUUAUCAGCUAAUCAAUGUCCUUUUCUUUUCUUCACUGUAGUAGGUGUUAGGUUAUCCGCUUUGUGGUUCAUUUGUUUAAGUAGAUUGGUCACUAGUCGAUAUAUCCCUUAUAAUUUAUCGAUUGGAUUGGUGUGGGAUAAUGAACCAACCACCAUCUGCCAAAGGGCCGUCUCCCUCGAAAGAACCAUCAAAGACGAAGGAGUUGGAUUUUCCACUCCACGCUCUUGGAUUUGAGAUUGAUGAUCUUUCGCCUACCAAAAUUUCUGGCCACAUUCUUGUGACGACAAAAUGCUGCCAGCCCUUCAAAGUGCUACAUGGAGGAGUUUCAGCGCUGAUUGCAGAGUCGUUAGCAAGCAUGGGCGCUCAUCUGGCAUCGGGACUGCAGAGGGUGGCUGGGAUACACCUGAGCAUCAAUCACCUCAAGAGUGCUAAGUUGGGCGACUUUGUAGUUGCUGAAGCUACGCCGUUCAGCGUUGGAAGAACUAUUCAGGUGUGGGAGGUGCGUCUUUGGAAACGCGAUGCUUCAAACGCAGAGAUGAAGACAUUGAUUUCAUCUUCAAGAGUUACUCUUCUGUGUAACAUGCCUGUCCCAGAAGCAGCAAAGGAUGCUGCUGAUGGUCUCAAAAAAUAUGCCAAAUUAUGAACUUCAGUCCAAUAAUUCCUACCCACUAUUGUCUAUUAAGGAAAAAAAAUAACAGACGCUUCUCUUAAAUGUAUAAUUCAGAAUAAUUUGUGUGUAUAUUCACGUAUGUUAUUGGUCUGGAGCAGAUUGAUUGUGUGAGACAUUAAACCAAGCUUAUUUUGGAAUUCAAAUAAAAAGGAAGCAACUUAUACUAA